CAGACCACGACAAAGAUGGAGUUUGCUUGCAGCCAUGUUGUAUGUAACUGGGGCCCAGAUGGAACGCCAGGUAAUUCUCAGUUUGGACCCGAAUAUGAAAACAGAACGAUUCUACAAACAGAUCCACGUCCUCCGCCGCUGCCGCCACGCCGCCAGAGAAAACCUCGACCCAUUUCCCUUCCCAAUAUGCCUUUUCUCCCCACUCAACUUCCUGUCACUCCUUUCUCUCUUCCUCCUCCGGUUCCUCCCAGACUUGAUUUGCUGGAAGAGGAAAAUCGUUUUAAGGUCAACAUCAACGUCAUCUCACUUGGUCUUGGAAAACUGGCUGACAUGAGCCAAGAUGCAGGCCUGGAGACCUUCCAGAACCCGGUGAUUUGUGGGAAAUGUAGUGCUGCGCUGUCAUGUCUCAGCUCAGUGUGGAAGAAGUUGUGGGUAUGCGAGUUCUGUGGAUAUGAAAACGGUGUAGACGAAAGUUUGGCCCAAGUGUGCGUCGGUCAGCGUGCGGGUGUGCGUACUGACGACCUCUACCUGCCGAGAAUGAGCGAAGACGACUACCAGAACCUGGAGGACACAAUGGUUGUUUUCUGUGUGGACAUUUCUGGCAGCAUGACGGUCACUACAGAGGUGACUUCCGAUAGCGGCUCAAUGCUUCACAUAUCCAGAUUAGAGGGAAUCCAGGAUGCUCUUCAGAAGACGCUAACGUUCACGCUGCAGCAGACGCCGCACCGCAGGGUGGCCCUCGUCACCUUUAAUGAUGAGGUUGUUAUCUACGGGGAUGGUACUCGGACUCCGCUCACCAUCAAGGACUGGGCGUUGGUUGACUACGAACACAUCUGGAAACAGGCUUUGGGUUACAGUGUCCCUCACUGCAUCGCUGAGACAUACCAACAUCUCACCCAGAGAGUCAAAGAGUUAAGGGAAAAUGGAGCAACAGCUCUCGGUCCGGCAGCGUUAGCUUCAGUAGCGUUAGCAUCAAAAUACCCCGGCUCCAAGGUCAUUUUGUGCACUGACGGCAGAGCCAACAUCGGACUCGGAGACAUGGAGCAAGUUCUGUCCUGUAAUGCAGAGGCUUCAUAUUUCUACAGACAGUUGAGUCUGCAGGCAGUAGAGAAAGGAAUCAUAAUCUCAGUGAUGUCCUUUAAAGGGACAGACUGCUGCUUGGCUGAUAUUGGGAGACUGGCUGAUGUGACUGGAGGAAGGGUGAACAUUGUUAGCAUCGGCACCAUGGCGACAGAGAUCCAGUCCAUUUCUGAAGACAACGUGUUAGCAACAAGUGUAACUGCAACCCUGCUUGCUCCUGACGGCGUAUAUUUCCCAUAUGAGGACGAGAACAAUCACAAGCUGGUGAGAGAGAUCGGAAACGUAACAAAGGGACUGGAGAUCACCUUCCAGUUUGCUGUGAAACCAGAUUACAUGGAAUAUUGUCUCCAGAGGAACACGCUUCCAUUCCAGCUGCAGCUCAGCUUCAAGAGCAGAGACCAGCAAAAAGUCACUCGCAUCAUUACCGAACAACGGCCAGUAACCACCAGCAGUAAGAUUCCCCUGGGAAGACUCAACACGGCGGUGCUGGCCGUCCACUGCGCUCAGCUGUGCGCCGGUUUAACCAUGGACGGCCGCGUGGCCGAAGCACAGAGGCAGCUAGCAGCUCAACAAGACCUGCUGCAACACAUCAGUAGGUUGAGGCCAAUCCAAAAGGAAGAGAGUAUCUAUGGUAACUGGAUGGAAACCAUGACCACAAUUUGUGGCAACAUGAAAGCAGAUUCUCAGUGUCUGUCGGACGAAGCAGCUGAGGUGGUGUACCAGAUGAAGAGAGCCAGAAGCAUCAGCAGCAACUACAUGCCACCCGUCCGGAAAAAGGUCAUGGAAGGAGUGUAAAAAAAGCUGAUUCUACAGAAAGAGAAACAUACAAUUCAAAUUCAUGAGCGGUUUAGUAUUAUUUGUCUAUAUUUUACCUGUGCAAAAGCUGCCAUUUUAACAUAAAGCCAAAACUAUUUUGGUAUUUUAUUUUCAUAGUUUUAAACUGAUGUUAGAGAAUGUGAUGUUUAGAUAACAAAUUUGGGUUGAAUACAGUCCAAAAUGGAUCAUGUUCUCUGAAUAAAUCGGAGCAGAGCCAUUAAGCCAAGUGUUAUAUUUCUGUUUUAUAG